AUGGAAACCUCGUCAUUAUCAUCCCCUCCUCCAGCAUCCCCUCUCCGACGCCGCAAGUUCCUUCAGCCUCCUCGGCGCCGUUUUCUACAUAGCGAUAACGCAGCUCUGCCGACUCAUACGUCUGAAUCAACCAACGCCCCUAAUGCUAUAUCCUCCAUCUCCAGCGAUAAACCCGCACCAUCUUCUUACCCAACGCCAGAGGAAAUCGCAACUAAUACGUAUAACUAUUGGCGGCUAAAACGGAGAAACGGCUACAACUUUGCACGGUUUAUGGAAGGAUGUCUCUUGUCAAAAACAUCUAAUGGGAGGAACAAUGGGAAAAAGUUCGGCGAGCUGGCUCAAGUGCUUAAAAACCCACUUGUACAAGAACGUUUAAAAGCUGCCGGUGUCCUGAUACGAAUCCAAGGUCAAAGUGACCAAAUUAACGACGAAGGUAAUGAUGAAGGCCAGGAUAAAGGCAAGGGGAGCAGCGAAUACCACGAGGAUGACCCCUAUAUAUCUGAGCUCCGUAAAGAGCUCUCUAUUUUGACAUCCUAA